CUCAGCCAUCUAACAAGUCCCAAAAAUUGAAACUCUCGGGCAAAAAAUCCAAAUGGGAGAUCGCCCAAAGUUCACCACAAUGAAAUCAAACACCAUCCAAACAAUCACAUUUGUGGUUUAUCUCUGUUGGUCCCAGCAAUCAAUUACGUUGAUCUUAAUUUUCUCGUAAUCAGACGGUCAGGAAGCCCUAAUUGCCCAAUAUGGUGGUGCCUAAGAUUGGUGUGAGCGAUCAGAUGAUGGAGUUUCUUUGCCGUAUCAUCUUCGUUGUCAGCCUUUCUCUUAGCUUUUCAAUGGCUUCUUCCAAAACCAAAACCACCUACAAAUACACCAACAACUGCUUUUACUGCAAGAACGAGACGGAGAAGUUCCAAAGAGGUUGGCCUCUUCGCAAUGGCUGUUUUGCUGCACUUUGUGAGCGAUGCGGUUCUGCCUAUGAGAAGGGUACUUUUUGUGAUAUCUUUCACUUGGAUACUGAUGGUUGGAGAGAUUGUGUUACUUGUGGGAAGAAUUGGCACUGUGGUUGCAUUAUGUCCUGCAACGAAUAUGUAACUCUGGACUUUGGGGGUAUAAGUUGCACAAGGUGUUUUAAGGAGAAUGUCAUUCUGGAACCAAAUAAACAUCCUUCUUCUCCAAAUGCUACCACUGCGGUUUCUCAGAAAACGGUGGAUGCUUCAGAAGUUGAACUAUCUGUUGACUCUAAAGAAGUGGUAACUGGAACAGGUUCAUCAUCUGUUUCUGCUCUUCAUUGCACAUCACCUUGUGACACAACUGUUCAGCCUCCUUCUCCAACAUCGCUGUCUCAGGUUCAAUCUGCCGCAGCUCAAGGGGAAGUGCCUUGCGAUACUUUUGUAGACAAGCAGACAUCCAAAGGGGAUGCCUCUCCACAGUUCAAACUACAUCCUAGAAAUUUGCCCAAGAUACGUGACAAGAAGCUUCAAAAAAUUUCUGGAAACUCACAUUCUUCCGUUAUUCCGCUAUUUGAGAAGUCAUUGACACCAAGUGAUGCUGAUCUCAAGACAGCACGUCUGGUGCUCCCUAAGAAAUGUGCUGAGGCGUGUUUUCCAAGAAUUCUUGAGGGACAAGGACUCCCCCUUGUAAUUCAAGAUACAACAGGCAGAGACUGGGAGUUUAACUUCCGCUUUUGGCAGAAUUGUAACAGCAAGAUGUAUGUACUGGAAGGAAUAAAGGAUUACAUGGUAUUUAUGGAGUGGCAAGCUGGUGAUACAGUAACAUUUUACCGGAUGGAACCAGAAGGAAAGUUAGUUAUUGGAACAAAAAAGGCUUCAUCUGCUUAAGCGCCUCAUAAGAUGCCAAGAGAUCAAUGUAUAAAGUGCGGCAAUUGAUCACAAUUAAAUGUAUCAGAUGGAUAUUCUAAUUAGAGGAAGCAAAUAUUAAAGAAAUACCCUAAAGGUUAACAGUUAAAUAGUGUACUGUGAAGCAAGGAAAAGAUGAAAAGAAGAAGCCUUAUCGUUAUUAAGAUGACCAAGUCUAAAUCCAUUUUGUGUUUCUUCCUGAUUCUGCUAGUUAAUUUGGUUGUUUCCCUCAUGAAAAACGAGUUAUGGUUCAUUUUCAAGUAAUUAAAAGAAUGCUAUGGAGUUUGAGGUGACUUUCUUAGAUAUGUUUAUGCUCGUUACCCUGGAAAGAUUAGUUAUAAUACUUCAAAUUCUGUAUCAAUUACUAUAGUCCCUUAAUAGAACUGCUAGUUCUGCUUAAUGGUUCAUUUAGCUUGGAAUUUUCCUUUAAGUUCUAUUGAACAUCAAGACUUGCUUCCCUCCUUUGCGCCUGACUAAUUUUAACCCCUGUUUCUGAAACAAAAUUUUUACUACUGGCAUGAGUCUGAAGUAUGGUGUUUAUUUGUUUGUUACCAUCAAUCCAAUAAGCUUAAGUUGAUAACAAUUAGAUCCAACUACGUAUAUCAAGUCAAGACAGACAUACCAACAUUUUCAGGCCCCUUUCCCAUCAACUUGAGUUCUGAGGAAAUUUGGGCUUUUGAAAUGGUGUACUAACAUUUGACUGUUUAAGUAGUCUAGUGUUCAAAUCUUGUUAAUUCCCAUUUCUGGUGAAUAUAUUCUCCUCAAGUAAGGUUCAGUUCACUAAUAGUUAUAUGGCAACAUGCCAUGAGGAUGUAUUGAUGGAUGCUAUUGUGUGUUAAAAUACAUGUUGUGGUCUCAUAAUAGCUUAAGCUUUUGGACAAUCAGUGAAUGUAAAGGUGGCCAUUCUGAAACUAUUCUUGUCCUCUGAUUUGGAUUGUCUCUUUCUCCCUAUUUCAAGGGGUCUCUUACUAUAGCACCAUGACUUCUGUAGUUCCAGAUGCUUCUGUUUUUUCUUUAACUUUGUCUCUCCCCUCACUCACAAAUAUAACAUCAUAUUCAAUUUGCCUUAUGUCAACCUCCAUACCAUUUUCCUCUUUUUAUUUCUUAUCUGGUGCUUUGGAUUUCAUUUCUUUUAGAAUUAGAUUCAAUGACCUCAGCAUAACUUGGGAUUCUCUUCUCAAGAUGAACCUCUGAAUAUAAUAGGAAUCUGAACUGCUUUCUGAUAUGAUAAUAUUGACUCUAUCUAUAUUCUAUAAUGUUGCUGAUGCUUUUGAGGCCAAGUUAGUGCUCUUCUCUAUCCUGUUGUACCAUGCAGUGUGCUCUAGAGCUUGGGUAAGAUUUUUUUAUUAAGCCAUGAACACUUGCAAGCACAGCCAAAAUUGUCUUGUUUGAGCCUUCUUGUGCAUCGUGUUUUUUGUCUGUUCUCUCAAACUGAUUAAAUAAUGACUUGCAACCAGCAUAAAAUUUUCUCCAUAUAAUAUUGUGCUUUUUUCUUGUUUGCACAUAGAUAGUUAGAGAGAGUCUCCCCACCGGAAAAAAAAAAAAAAAUCUCAUUGUGCAAUGGAAACAGUUUUUUCAUUCUCAAUUCCUGCACUGUAUACUCCAUCCGAUUGUGCUCUUGUCCUGUUCCUGAAGUAGUGGAAUGUCGAAAGUCAAAUACAAUGAAGAACAUGCUCUUAACACUUUGAUUCUGAUUUGAAAUGGCUGUGUUUAGAGAAUGAUUUGUCUUCCUCUAUCUCUCCCUUGGUAUAAUGUAACUGCUGAAAUUUUAGAUCAUUCUAUCUGACAUUUUUAUAGCGUUACAAUGCUUGCCCAUAAUUGUCAUACCAUCAGGUGUAUAAAUAUAUGUGACUGAAUGUUGUUUUGCUUUUUUGAACCAAAGGAUCCUGUAGAUGAGCUGAUGCAUAGAUCUCAUUGUUUGGAGAAAUCAUUUAUGUGGUUUUAAUAUAUGACAGUUGCACAGUGUCAUAUUUUAAACAAACAACCAUGUCUUAAUCGCCUGGAUUCAGUUUUGUUUUUGAAUUAGUUUCUUAAUAAACACCACUUUUAUGUUUUCCUGAAGUUUGUAUAGAGCAAAGCAUCUUUUCCAUGAAGUACAGUUUUUUUCAUCCUCACUGUAAUUCUGGAUUAAGCUUAAAGCUUGUUAGUGAAAGUUUUGAUUCUUGGACUGGAUUCAGAAACCACCUCUGAUUCUUUCCUUGAGAUUGUAUGAUUCACUAGUAGACUCCUGCAACACGUGUCCUGUCAUCAGGUGAGCUUGAUGUUAGUUUUGGGGACGUAAGCCAUAUUAUUAUUAUUAUUUUUUUUUGGCCAAGUUCUGCUUUGAUGAAUAACUAUUAGAGAACCCCUACCCACAGAAGGGGCCUUUAAUUCAUAUUGUUAUAGGAUAUGGGCCAGAAAUAUUCAACCAAGUCAUGCAUGAUAGGUUGCCUAAGCUUUUAUCUAAAACUUUUUGUGCCAAAUCUUGGAGAACUCUUUGUUGGUUUACACCCUCCUCCUUUUUUAUUUUCUUCGUGUUCUUCAAAGUGAAAAUGUGGAGAGUACUGCAUCUUCUUAGAUGUGAUCAUCUCAGAGGAAGUAGGGAACAGAUAGUUGGAAGGCUGUAUACAUACAUAAAAACAUGCAUGCAAUUUGGAUUCUGAUGAAGAUAAUUGCACAUUAUACAUAUUACUUGCGCCUUCCAUUCGUUCUUACAGAUGUCAAAUCAUUACCUGAAACACAGAUCAGCCCAAAAAACUGAAUGAAGUUAAGGUUGCUAUUCUCUUUCACCACAUUGCUGACCUUUUGCUGACUUGCACCAAGAACUCCAGGUACAUAUAUUAUCAUAUCUCAUAGCUUUCAUGUUGUACUCACACAAUUGAGGAGCUAGUUACAUUUUUUUCUUUUUUUAAUUGCACGGGAUAGAUUUAUAUUUUGUCUUGAAAUUCCUUUAUCAUCUAGAAGUACACGGACGACGUAUAUUUCUGUUGGGUGCUUUAAGCAUCAAGUUCAAGAAAAUCAUUUGUUAGAAGUUCAAAAAUUCUUUUACAGUUAUCAGAUCUUGAGGAAUAAAUCAUCUCAUAUAUUUUGUAAGUUGUGCUGUUGAGAUGAUAAAUCAGAAUGAUGGCUUGUAAAGACUGGUUUCCCUUAAGAUCGUCCAAGACUGUACGAGUCUCACCUUGGAUAUACAGAUAGUUGGGAGGAAGAAGGUUCAGAAUGGAUCUCUUUGAUUGAAUACAUGCAAACUUAUUUGUUUCUUCCUGAUAUCACAAUGAUGAUGGCUUUCUAUCCUGUUCAGGGAAUUUGCACUUGCAGAUGGAAAAUCUGGGAAAUGAGCUAGCUGCUGAAUCCUCCAAAUGUAUUUAUUUAUUUAUUAUAAUUAUAAAUAUCAUCUUCUAUUUCA